GGUGGCGGCGGCGGCCUGGGGAGGCGGCGGCCUGGCUCGGCCUGGCGUGGCCUGUCAGGGCGCGGGCGGCGGCGGCUCCAGCACCAUGUCCCUGCAGUAUGGGGCGGAGGAGACGCCCCUCGCCGGCAGUUCCGGCCCGGCGGACUCGUUCCCAAAGGACUUCGGCUACGGCUACGGCGUGGAGGAGGAAGAAGAGGAGGCGGCAGCCGCGGGCGGCGGGGUUGGGGCGGGGGCCGGCGGAGGCUGUGGCCCGGGGGGCGCUGACAGCUCCAAGCCUAGGAUUCUGCUCAUGGGGCUCAGGCGCAGCGGCAAGUCCUCCAUCCAGAAGGUGGUGUUUCAUAAAAUGUCACCCAAUGAGACCCUCUUUUUGGAAAGUACCAACAAGAUUUACAAAGAUGACAUUUCAAAUAGCUCCUUUGUGAAUUUCCAAAUAUGGGAUUUUCCUGGGCAAAUGGACUUUUUCGACCCUACUCUUGACUACGAGAUGAUCUUCAGGGGAACAGGAGCUUUGAUAUAUGUCAUUGAUGCACAGGAUGACUACAUGGAGGCUUUAACAAGACUUCACAUUACUGUUUCUAAAGCCUACAAAGUUAACCCAGACAUGAAUUUUGAGGUUUUUAUUCACAAAGUUGAUGGUCUGUCUGAUGAUCACAAAAUAGAAACACAGAGGGACAUUCAUCAAAGGGCCAACGAUGACCUUGCAGAUGCUGGGCUAGAAAAACUCCACCUUAGCUUUUAUUUGACUAGUAUCUAUGACCAUUCAAUAUUUGAAGCCUUUAGUAAGGUGGUGCAGAAACUUAUCCCACAACUACCGACCUUGGAAAAUCUAUUAAAUAUCUUUAUAUCAAAUUCAGGUAUUGAAAAAGCUUUUCUCUUCGAUGUUGUCAGCAAAAUCUACAUUGCAACAGACAGUUCUCCUGUGGAUAUGCAGUCGUAUGAACUUUGCUGUGACAUGAUUGAUGUUGUAAUUGAUGUGUCUUGUAUAUAUGGGUUAAAGGAAGAUGGAAGUGGAAGUGCUUACGACAAAGAAUCUAUGGCCAUCAUCAAGCUGAAUAACACAACGGUCCUGUAUUUAAAGGAGGUGACUAAAUUUUUGGCACUGGUCUGCAUCCUUAGGGAAGAAAGUUUUGAACGAAAAGGUUUAAUAGACUACAACUUCCAUUGUUUCCGAAAAGCUAUUCAUGAGGUUUUUGAGGUGGGUGUGACUUCUCACAGGAGCUGUGGUCACCAGACCAGUGCCCCCAGCCUGAAAGCAUUGACACACAACGGCACGCCACGAAAUGCCAUCUAGCCUGAAUGCCGGUGGUCGGGGUCUGUGCCAGCUUAUUCUUCACUCCAGGGUCAGAUGCCACGUGCUACAGGACAUGGAAGUUGCCGCUUGUGGGAAUCUGGUGCCUGUUGCACUAGAGACAAGGGGUAGAGUUUCUCAUUUGGAUGAAAACCCCUUCAACCAGUGGUGUGCAACUGAAGCUACUAUUUCUUUUUUUUAAAAA